AUGAUCAAAGAAAGUCAAGUUAUUUUCAUUGAUAAUAUACCGCAUGAUGCAUGUAAUAUACCACAGCUAUGCCAGCAUUUCUCAAAAUACGGUAGAAUUGUUGGUAUUAGCAUUUCAGAAAAUAAAACUUCAGCUCAGAUCAUUUACAAUACACGGGAUGAAGCAAAGAAAGUAGUAAGCUCUACUGAGCCAUAUGCAAACAAUCGAUUUGUAAAUAUUUCGUUUCAUUCAAAACCAUUUUCUUCAAAAGCUGAUUUACGGAACUUUUCUGAUUACAAAAGAAUCAGAACUGAAACUGCAGAAGUUUGCUCUAAAAUUGAUUCAGAUCUUACAAAAUCAGUUCUUAAUCGGUUAACAAUUUACAAGAUUCAGCAAUCAGAUGAGAAAACACAAAUAGAAAAGUUGAAAAAUGAAAUUGAAAUCCUUUACAAGGAAGGUCUUCAAUCAAUGACAAAAAUGGAAAAUGCGGAAGGCGAAGAACAUGAGAAACUCUAUAAUCACAUAUUAGAGAUAUCGAAUCAGCUUCAAGAAUUAGAACAGAAACUUUCAAAACUUCAAGAAACUCAAAUUCAAAUUCAAAUUCCAAAAUAG